AUGGCUGAAGACAAAAACCUCAAACGCAAAAUGGAGGAAGAGCCAGAGCCAAAACUUGAGAAGGAAUCAAAGGCAAUGCCACCAACCUUUGAAUCUAAUGAUGAGGAUGUACUUCCUACGAGGCUUGACAUUCACACCAAGUCCACUUCCAAACCUUUGGAGAUUGGUGAACAUUCAAGUUCAUCUCAUAAAGCUAUUGCUCAGAACGCUGCUGAUGAACCUUUACCUGAGCAGAAAGUGAGGGAAUUCUGUUGUCAUUACUGUGACAAGAAAUUCUCCACUUCUCAAGCACUUGGGGGGCACCAAAAUGCUCAUAAGCGUGUGCGUGAAUUCAAAAAAAUGGAAGAACAAAAGAGAGAGGAAGAUAUGAAUUCAACUCUAAGGUUUAGUUCUAGUAAUCAAUCUUACCUUUAUCAAUUUUCAAGCCCUAUUCACUAUCAAGGGUAUUCUUAUUUACAUAAUGCUAACUUGACUCAUCCAACUGGCGCCUAUACGACAAUGCCUUCUUGUCCUAUUGGGUCUUCUACUCACUAUGGAGGAUUGUAUAUGUCAAAUGCACUCCCAACAUAUCCCCGAUUUGUGAUGCAAAUGCCAAUUUCAUCCCCCACAACACCACAAUUUAGGAUAACUAGGUUUUGGGGUGGAAAUCAAAAUGUUGAGAGUGAAGAAAGAAAUUUCAAUCCUCAACAUGGUUCUCAAACUCUUCAAUUGUUGUCUCGGGAUCUUAAUGGAGAAGACACAAUUCAAGCAAAUCCCGAUGUGUCCUCAUCGUCAACUCAAUCAACCUCGGAGGAAGUUAACUUGAAUCUCACCCUUUAA